CCUUCUUACCACAUAGUCGUCAGAGUAGACUACACCCACUUCACCUAGAAACACCCAGUCGGUCGAAUCCCACCCGAGCUUCAGCUUCAUCCUCGUUCGGACAAAGUAUUAAGUCUUGUAAACUCAUUUCAACUGUCAAUCAGGGUUUGCGGUAUUUGUGGAAAUGCAGACUAGGAAGAGGAUUUUGGAGGGUGAGGAUGACCAACAGCAGGAACGAAAACGGCCUGCUCUGGCUAGUGUCAUUGUGGAAGCUCUAAAGGUGGAUAGUCUUCAGAAACUCUGCUCAUCCUUGGAGCCAAUUCUUCGUAGAGUUGUUAGCGAAGAAGUUGAACGUGCUUUGGCAAAGCUUGGUCCUGCCAAACUCACUGGAAGGUCGUCGUCACCUAAACGAAUUGAAGGGCCAGAUGGAAGAAAUUUACAGCUGCAUUUUAGGUCCAGACUUUCACUGCCUCUCUUUACUGGGGGUAAAGUAGAAGGGGAGCAGGGAGCCGCAAUUCAUGUUGUCUUGAUUGAUACAAAUACAGGGCAUGUUGUCACUUCUGGACCUGAAUCGUCUGUUAAGCUGGAUGUUAUUGUGCUAGAAGGUGAUUUUAACACUGAAGAUGAUGAAAGCUGGACUCAAGAAGAAUUUGAAAGCCAUGUUGUGAAAGAGCGGGAAGGAAAGAGACCAUUGUUGACUGGCGAUCUACAAGUGACACUCAAGGAAGGUGUGGGAACUAUAGGAGAGCUUACCUUCACUGAUAAUUCAAGUUGGAUAAGGAGUAGGAAGUUCAGACUUGGCCUCAAGGUUGCAUCAGGAUAUUGUGAAGGCAUACGAGUUCGUGAAGCAAAGACUGAGGCUUUCACUGUCAAAGAUCACAGAGGGGAAUUGUACAAAAAGCAUUAUCCACCUGCGUUGAAUGAUGAUGUAUGGAGAUUGGAGAAGAUUGGCAAGGAUGGAUCAUUCCAUAAAAGACUAAACAAUGCAGGGAUAUUUUCAGUUGAAGACUUCCUUAGGCUUGUGGUCAGAGACCCUCAGAAGCUGCGAACUAUUCUUGGCAGUGGUAUGUCAAAUAAAAUGUGGGACGCCCUCAUAGAGCAUGCAAAGACUUGUGCCCUAAGUGGGAAGCUUUAUGUAUACUAUUCUGAUGAUUCAAGAAAUGUUGGUGUUGUCUUCAAUAACAUCUAUGAGCUGAGUGGCCUUAUAGCUAGUGAACAGUAUUUUCCAGCAGAUUCACUUUCUGACAGCCAGAAGUUAUAUGUUGAUGGUUUGGUAAAGAAAGCAUAUGACAACUGGAACCUAGUUAUAGAGUAUGAUGGCAAGUCUCUUCUGAACUUCAAGCAAAAUAAGAAAUCAAGUGCAUCCCGGGAUGAACUUCCAGUUGGGCCAGUGGAUUAUCCUAAUGCUUUGGAUAAUCAGCUUUCAGAUCCGCCCCGAUUACCAGUACCAGUUCCAUCUGAGCCAUCUCCAGUGGAUCCAAACAUGCUGAUUGGAGGUAAAGUCAACUUAUAG